GAAUUCCAGGCUGCUGAGACUUCCCUCUAGAAUCCUCCAACAUGGAGCCUCUUGCAGCUUACCCGCUAAAAUGUUCCGGGCCCAGAGCAAAGGUAUUUGCAGUUUUGCUGUCUAUGGUUCUAUGCACAGUAACACUAUUUCUUCUACAACUAAAAUUCCUCAAACCUAAAAUCAACAGCUUUUAUGCCUUUGAAGUGAAGGAUGCAAAAGGAAGACCUGUUUCUCUGGAAAAGUAUAAAGGCAAAGUUUCACUAGUUGUAAACGUGGCUAGUGACUGCCAACUCACAGACAGAAAUUACUUAGCACUGAAGGAACUGCACAAAGAGUUUGGACCAUCCCACUUCAGCGUGUUGGCUUUCCCGUGCAAUCAGUUUGGAGAAUCGGAGCCCCGCCCGAGCAAGGAAGUAGAAUCUUUUGCAAGAAAAAACUACGGAGUAACAUUCCCCAUCUUCCACAAGAUUAAGAUUCUAGGAUCUGAAGGAGAACCUGCAUUUAGAUUUCUUGUUGAUUCUUCAAAGAAGGAACCAAGGUGGAAUUUUUGGAAGUAUCUGGUCAACCCUGAGGGUCAAGUUGUGAAGUUCUGGAGGCCAGAGGAACCCAUUGAAGUCAUCAGGCCUGACAUAGCAGCUCUGGUUAGACAACUGAUCAUAAAAAAGAAAGAGGAUCUAUGAGGAUGCCAUUGCAUUUCUAAUAGAACAGAGAAAUGUCUCCAUGAGUGUUUGGUCUCAUUUUAAACACUGUUUUUUUGGAGGCAGUAUCUUGCUCUGUCACCCAGGCUGGCGUGCAGUGGUGCAAUCUCAGCUUGCUACAACCUCUGCUUCCUUAAAUGUGGCAAUGAAGGAUGAUUUUUUUUAAUGUUAUCUUGCUAUUAAGUGGUAAGGAAUGUUCCCAGGAUAAAGAUGUUACCCAAAGCAAAAAUCAAGAGU